AUGUCAUUCACAACAGAAUUUAUAAAUAUAAAUAAAGUCAUAUCAAAUCAAGAGCUGAUUAAGACUUUACAAUCAAACAGUAUAAUAGCUCGUGAUUUACAAUCACUUUUUAUGUUAUUUCUAUCUCGUUUUUUAAUUAUGUUUAAUCAUCUCAUUGGCAGAGAUUCAAUAGAUGAUUUUAAGUUUUAUAUUGAUAGUAGUCCUAAAGAUUCUAUAUAUUUAAAAGAUAAUUAUUCUCCUAAAAAAUAUUUAAUAUUAGAUUUUUCUACUAUAUUUUAUUGUUUAAAUCGGUUUUUAAGAAAAAAAGAAAAACCAAUAGAUAAAUUAAAAUUCACAUUAGAUAAUAGUAGCAAAUAUGAGAAAUCCUAUUAUUUUGUACUUCAACAUGAAUUGAAUAGGAAAAAAUCACACAACUAUGAAAUUUUCUCAUUUCUUAUCGAAAAGCGCUUAAUUGGUUUUUUUAGUGUUAAACAAUAUCGUCAAAUUGUAGAGUUGUACAACAAGCAUCGAAAACUUUCAAUUCCAAUCCAACUAGGUAUAGACCACGAUAUUUUAAAACGUAUUUGUUUAGACAUUGAUUCAGAAUUAGUGGUUGCAUUAAAUGAUCUUGAUUGGGAUUUUACUUCGAUUCAAUACUUUCGUGAAUACGAUUUUGGACAACUAUCAGAUUUGAAAAUAACAUCGAAACAUUAUGAGUGCAGAAUCGAUUUCCUAUAUAGAUGUUGUUUGGACAUAGUAAAAAGGACCACCAAUAGCAAAAUGAAUGAUUUAACUGAACCAUAUUUUAUGUAUAGAUUUUUGUUGGAGAUUGAUUCUGAAUUAAAAAACUUGCAUCGACUUGAAGGUCAAAUAGAUCAUAUAGGAAUUUUACAGAAACUAGUUGAUUUUAAUAUCUAUCAGACAUUUCCUAAAAUGUAUAAUAAUGGGUUUUAUGGCGUGGAUUCAUUUUUCAAGAUUAGUCAAAUGUUGGAAUCAAACCAAACACCACUCGAAUACUUUCUAUUAAAGGAUCCAACUCUCAUGAAUUCUAAUUUUUUAUCAGGUUGGGCAGGGGUCAACAAAGAUCAUUCUGAUGGUAGUGUUUCGGAUGGCACUGAUUCUGAAAUGGGUACUCUGCCCAUUUCCCAAGAUACCGAUGCUGGUGGUACUGUGUCUGUAGCUGAUGAUUCUGUAAUGGAUACUCUGCCCAUUUCCCAAGAUACCGAUACUGGUGGUACUGAGUUUGUAGCUGAUGAUUCUGUAAUGGAUACUCUUCCCAUUCCUCAAGAUACCGAUGCUGGUAGUACAAUUCCCGCUCCUAUAGAUAAUGAAUCAGUUCAAGAGCUAAUAAAGCAUUUGGAAUCCUUCACCACAGCAUAUAUACCAUUGUUUUAUGAUCAUUUUACCAACACCACCAAUCUAUUUAUUCAUCAAAUCAUUCAAUUAAUAACUAGCAAAUUCAUCGAUAAUCACUAUUGGUUUAUAGAUCCAACGAAUGGUAAUCCCGUGAACCCAACUGGAAACGAUGUAUUGAUCGUCACACAUAAUCCUUUGUCAUCGGUCGACCGUCAAUGGAAACCUACUCAAGAGUCAUCAAGUUCUACUAUUCCACCCAAGGUUGUUCCACCCAAGGUUGUUCAUCAGCUUAAACCACCAACAACCGUUAAGGAAACACUCCUUUUAAAUGUGAGACAAAGAGAGCUGGUUGCACAGAUGAAAUCAAGGCGCGAGGUUAGAAAUCAAGAUGGAGUCGUAUAUACUAGCUACCUCGAAUCACCGAUGGAUCAAUACAUGCAAGAGUAUGACUUUGGUAAUGCAGAAACAUCCAUAUUGACUGGCGAUUAUUCGUACGAUUGGCGAGAAUGUUGGGAGAGAAUGGAGGAAGAACGUUUCAAUCAAAAUUUCAUUAAUGACCGGAUAGAGAAAGAAGAUGACGAUGAGGAGGAAGAUUCAAUGAAUGAUGAUCAAGUAUUGACUGGCGAUUAUUCGUACGAUUGGCGAGAAUGUUGGGAGAGAAUGGAGGAAGAACGUUUCAAUCAAAAUUUCAUUAAUGAACUGAUCAAGCAAGACAAAGAUAAUGUAGAGUAUACAAUGGUUGGUAAUCAUUUAGAUUCAAUGCAAUUUAAUCCACCAUCAAUCGAAAUCAAUCAUCAAUUGUAUCCCACACCUCGUUCAACUUUACCAACUGUUGAUUCCGAAAUCUUCUCUACGGAUGAUUCCGAUCUCUCCUCUUUGAAUGAUUCCGAUCUCUCUUCUGUAGAUGACAUGGAUCUUGAACCGAUAGUUAACACAGAUAGCUCCGCAACUCUAUAUCCGUCAUGGUAUAUUCUAAAGAACUACAGCAACGCUGCUUUGAAUCUAUCGGCACUGGCAUGGCGGACUAAAACUCGAUUCACAUUAGUUUGGACAGAGUUGUGUCCAAUCGUAUUAAGUUCAAUCAAUUGUAUUUCUUUUGUUUUGGAUCCUAUUCUAGAGAAUCACUUGAUCUGGCUCUUGGAGACUGGACCAAGCAAAAUAAUUUUGACUGGAAAGAGAGACCAAAUAAUCUUUGGUAACAUAGUUAAGAAAUUUAACAUUCCAGUGCAUCUCGUAUUUCAAACACUCGGGUUCUUCAAAGUGCUCAUCUUUAUUGGUGGAAAGGUAAAGAAAGUUUACUUUAUCGAACAUCCUUAUAGAAUGAGUCAGUUUUUAGUUCAUACAUUUGUUGAAUUAGGAAUUCAAGAACCAUUGGAAUAUCCAUCACCAAUUGUAGAAACAACAACAACAACAACAACAACUGCAGAGGUAUCAUCAGCAUCAGCAGCAUCAGCAACAACAACAACAACAACAACAACAACAACAACAACAACAACAACAACAACAACAACAACAACACCAGCAUCGACCAACAAAAGAAUGAGAAAUCUAUUUCUCCAAAGAGACAAACAGUGGAUGGAAAAGGAACCACCGACCAACUCUGAACAAGAAUGCAAGAGGAGUUACAUUGAGAAACCAUUUCGAAAGAAAUUGGAAGAUCAAUGUAAUUCUUACAACUAUUCUUUGUUACCAAUUUUUAAAGGUUUGGAACCAGCUAAUUUACUUUACAAGCCAGAUGAGAUCCAUCAAUAUGAACCCGAUAUAGAGAAAAAGAUAAAAAAGAUUUUUGGUAAGAAAUCUAUUUAUCUGAACCAUUAUAUGACGGAUAGUCUUACACUUUAUGUUUCUUUUAAAGUUCCAACCGAAUCUGCUGCUAAAGGUAAAAAGAACAAAUUAAACUGCGAUAUAUCAUUGAAAUGUCCAAUGGGUAUCGAUCCAUCACCAUUCAAGAAUCUGUACCUCAAUCGCCCUUUGGAUUUUGAGUUUAACGAUAAAGAUGAAAACGAUGAGCCUGUCAAACACUGUAAAGACCUACUGGAUUCUGUCAUGGUUCUAAAUAGUGGUAGUCACAAGUACCAGAUUCGUUCUUCUUUUUAUGAGUAUAAAAGAAAGCAAGUUUUGGGUAAAGAUUUUAUAGAGUAUGAAACGAAAUCUCCAUCUUUAAAGUCAUCCCAAACCAAUCAUAUUCUAACACUAGCUCCAUAUGAUAAUCUUAUCGCUUUCAGAUACACAGAUCACUAUGAAACGUUUUUAGAGUACAGAAACCAAAGAGGUGUUCAAGAAUUGCAAAUAUUGAAUCUUCGCUCUUUGCAAGGCAAGAAGAGAUCGAAAAAUUGGAGAGCUGCCAAAAUCUUUACCCAUGCCAUUAGAGAAGUUGAUAGAAGAAUUGGUGAAGAGACGUCAACACCAAAUAAUAAUAGUAGUAAUAGAUUUAGUAUUCUCAGUAUUGAUGACGAUGAUGAUGACAUUGAUGACGACGACGACGAUGAUAACGAUGAUAAUGAUAAUAACAACAAUAACAAUAACAAUAAUAAUAAUAUACAAACAACUAAAUUAAGAGGAAAAUCAAAUAAUAUUUAUAAACAACAUGACAUUAAUUAUCACAACUAUCAACAUGCAUUGUCAAUCAUAAUAAAAGAAAUAGGUUUAAAUCUAGCUAGUACACCAAAUCAGCUGCCACAUAGACAUAGAAAUAAUAGUAAAAUCAAUAUAGACCAAUCAGAAUUAAUUAUAAUAGAACAGUAUAUUAAAGAACUAGAGGCUAUUGGUACAGACAAUUGGAAAAAGAGAUAUAGCAAAUUAGUUAAACAACUUUUUCCAAUAAUUGAAUACAGAAGCAACAGUGGUAAUACAGUGAUGGAAUCACUAUUGAAGGAUCUAAUCAAAUGGUUUCAUACUUUUAAGAAUCGUAAAGGAUGGGAGAAGAUUAUCGGAACCAUCUUGGCACGGAAAUCAAUCAAAUUAUUUCCAUCACCACCAACUACAACAGCAACAGCAACAGACAAUACAACGACAGACAAUACAACAACAGACAGUACAACAACAGACAAUACAACAACAACAACAACAACAACAACAACAACAACAACAACAACAACAACAACAACAACAACAACAACAACAACAACAACAACAGCUACUACAACUCCAACUAAGAUAUGUAUUGAUAAAGAUCACCAUAAGUGCAAAGCAAAGGUACCCAACUUUUCUAAUGGACGAGGAAAAGAAACUUUAAGAUGUAGAGAAUGCCUAGAUCGAAAAAAGGCAGAGAGAGACGAUAAGAAAAAGAAGGAAUUGGAAGAGAGGAUCAAGAAGAGAAGGAAAGAGAAGAGAAAGAGAAAGAAAGAAAGAAAGAGAAAGAGAAGAGAAGAGGAAGACGACGAUGACGAUGACGAUAACAAUGACGAUGACGACAACGAUGACGACAACGACAGUGACGAUGACGACAAUGACGACAAUGACGAAGACGACAACGACAAUGACGAUGACGAUGACGAUGACGAUGACGAUGACGAUGACGAUGACGAUGACGAUGACGAAGACAAUGACGAAGACGAAGACGAUGACGAUUCGGACGACGAUGACGAUAACAACUCACCAAUUCCGAAUAGAAGAUGCAAGUGGAAAUGCAGCAAUUGUAAUAUUUUAAAUAACUAUCGUCGAGACAAAAUGUUUCAAGACCGAGGUCGAGUAUGUUUGGCCAAGUGCAAGCAUUGUAAAACAACUAAACCAAUAUUUUAUAGCAAAUCAGUUGCUAAACAAUAUGCCUUGAGAUUGUUAUUUUUCUUUGGAAAUGGUCCUGGCCACCAAGGAUAUGUCUCAGGGAUGAAAGGUGUAAAACAUGCACCCUACGUCGCCAGAGACAUGCAAGCUCUCAAACAAUAUAUUUUUACUGUAACCGGUGUUAUGGUGGAUCAAUUCGUAGUAGAUGAAUAUAAUACUUCUCAGAUGUUUUCACCAAAACUAAUAGAGAACGAAGAGAUAUAUUUAAAGAAUAGUUCACACUAUGAAAAGUCCAAGGUGGAAGAAUAUAUUAAAGAUCCAUCCUGGGAUCCGCAUAGUCGACAAUCCGAAUCUAAACUGCGUUACACUCGUAAGAUGUACCAGGUGAAUGACCAACCGGUCUAUAUCAAUCGUGACGUAAAUGGUGCUAACAACAUUCUAUUGGCAGGUAUGCGUCAGUUCGAACGUCCAUCGAACAAAAAUGGACGAAGAUUCACUCUACUCAUGAAAAAACGAGGUGAAUCAACUACGGCUGAGGAAUGCGACGAUACCUCUUAUCUUGAGGAGUAA